AUGGCCAUUUCAGAGUCAGAAGUCAUUGUUGGCUCUCACCAGGAGCCCAUGACGACUCUAUCCCUCGAGAAGCCAGCCUUGGCGGAAACGGCCAUCGCUCUGGAUGCAGAUGGCGACGUGCUGGCCGCCAAUAUACGAAACAUCCUCAAAAACGUUGGAGAAGAUCCAAAUCGAGAGGGUCUUCUCAAAACCCCCGAACGGUACGCUAGAGCUAUGCUCUUUUUUACCAAAGGCUACAACGAGAGUGCAUGGAACCUCGCCAAGGACGCCAUCUUUAAUGUAGACCACAGUGAGAUGGUUCUGGUCCGCGAUAUCGAGGUAUUUAGCAUGUGCGAGCAUCAUCUGAUUCCCUUCAUGGGGAAGGUCCAUAUUGCGUACAUGCCCAGCGGUCGCGUAUUGGGUUUGUCAAAGCUGGCUCGCAUUGCGGAGGUUUACGCGCGCAGACUGCAGGUCCAAGAACGUCUCACGCAGCAGAUUGCCCAGGCAGUUGACGAUAUUUUGAAGCCCCAAGGGGUGGUCGUUGUAAUGGAAUCUGCCCAUAUGUGCAUGGUUAUGCGAGGCAUCCAAAAAACUAGCUCCAUGACUACGACUGCCUGCAGGACCGGUGUUUUCAAGAAGAACAAAGAUGUUGAGGAGCAGUUUCAGUUCCUUCUCAAACUGAGACAAAGUUCAUAG